AUGAUAUACUCAAACCCAAGACAGAUGGAGGUUCCAAACCUGGAUCUUCUUACUCUCUUAUUCGAUUUUGAAGAAUCCCAAGCAAAAGAAGACGCGCCGAUAUUUGCUGAGGCUAAAUACCCUUCUCAUGUCAUCACCAAGGCACGCGCUCGCGAUUUAACGCGCCAAUUCGCCUACUUCCUUCGCCAUCAAUUCGGCAUUGGGAAAGAUGGGUCUGAAAAAGACGUGGUUGUCACGAUAUCUACUGGGCAAUCUGCGCUAGCUUGCAUAUUUUAUGCUGUGCUUGCUGCAGAUGGCAUUUACUCAGCCGCGUCGCCUUCCUCCACGGUGUCAGACUUAACAAGACAGAUCAAAGACGGACCUGGUAGGAUCGUUGUAUGCAGCGAAGAUGUGAAAGGUGUUGCUUUGAGUGCUGCUCGCAAUGCCGGACUACCUGAAAGAAAUGUUCUCGUGUUGAAGUCAUACCCAGAGAUCCAGUUGGUGAGCGCCGAUGGCACAGCGGCAUGCGACUUCAAAGGAUCACUGGACUGGAGACGAAUUACUGAUCCGAAAGAGCUUGAAGAGAGCAAGGUAUGCAUUAUGUACUCAUCAGGUACUACUGGGCUACCAAAAGGCGUCCUCAUAUCUCACAUGAACAUGGUUUCUGAAUGCUAUCUUCCCAGCACUAUGGGCCGCGAAUCAUGGUCCAAAAUGGGCAUGUCUUUCCCCAGGUCCACGCUCGGCCAUCUGCCCCCAGCUCACAUCGCUGGCUUGCAAAGUUACUUCAUAAAUUGUGUCUACGAAGGAGCCGUCAUAUAUUGGAUGCAAAGUUUUAACUUUGAUGAUUUCGUUCGAUAUUUCGCGGAGCUUAAACUGACAUUCUUCUUCUCUGUACCGCCUAUAUACAUGGCGAUUGCAAAGCAUCCAGCUGUCAAGGACCAAUUCAAGACCGUUGAGUAUGCUACGGCUGCUGCAGCGCCGAUGAGCUAUGAAAUACAAGAGUCGGCCAGCAAGAAGCUCAAAGGCAUUGUUUAUCAAGUUUGGGGAUUAAGUGAAACAACUGGUGCUGUCACUUAUACUCCACCGGAGCGGAAGGAUACUAUGGGGAGCUUGAGCCCACUCUUACCAAACGUUAGCCUAAGGCUUGUGGACGAGAAUGACAACGACGUCAAGGAGGGAGAACCAGGCGAGGCAUUGCUAAAAGGUCCAAUGGUCACCAAAGGGUAUCACAACAAUCCCGAAGCCAAUAAGUCAUCCUUUACCGCUGAUGGAUGGUUCCGGACUGGCGAUAUUCUCAAAAUGGAAGGAGAUGUUCUAUACAUGGUAGACAGAAAGAAGGAACUGAUCAAAUACAAGGGACUUCAGGUUGCCCCAGCCGAGCUUGAGGGCGUUCUAACAUCACACCCAUCCGUUGCUGACGCUGCAGUGAUUGGCACAGAUAGAGAAGACACGGAAGUGCCCACAGCAUACGUUGCCCUUGUGCCUGCAGCGAAAGGAAAGGUAUCCGAGAGCGAACUUAUUGACUAUAUUAAAAACAAAGUCGCGGACCAUAAGCGACUAAGGGGUGGUGUAAUCUUUAUUGAUGCGAUUCCUAGAAGUCCUACAGGCAAAAUCCUGAGAAAGGAUCUGAGAGCACUGUAUAACCGCCAGACAAAGUCGAAAAUUUAG